AUGAAAAAUAAUUUCAUAAAUAAUAACGGAGUAAUUCUCCUAAAUACGAAUAAAAAACAAGCAAAAACCAAAGUUGAAAUACAAAGUAUUGUCGGAGACCAAAGCCAAAUUGAAGCCUUGAAACAGCAAGAACAAGCGAUUAUUGCUGAAUUAAGUGAAGUAAACAAAUUUAGCAGCAAAUUUUUAUCCGAAGCAGUAAAAGCCAAAAAAGAAAAAGAGAAUCAUAAAGUAGAAUUUGCGUUAAAAUUUGAUCCAGCAGUGGAGACUUUUACUGACCUAAUUUGCCAAAAAAUAACCAACCAAGUUAGCUAUUUAAAAAGUCAAUUAAGCACUAUUCAACAACAAUUAUCGCACCAAGAGCGAAUAUUUGCUCGCAUAGAAGCCCGACGACAAGGUCGUGAACUUUUAACUUGCCAAUAUAAAAACCGUUUGGGUUGCAUUGGUGUUUAUCGCUGUGAUAAUUGUCAGGAACCUUCAAUAACUCAAAUUAUUUACAAGAAUUUGCCUGCUGUAAUUGUCAGCAGUAUAUUUCCGAACAGGACAUUUGUCAAGGCAAUUAUCGCCUUUAUGUGA